AUGAAGCUGUGGAAAAGAUCCCUGACGGACCGAACGCCAGAAUCCGUAAGCAGUUAUAAGUUACAGAGAAAUCGGGUCAAAAUUCUCAUCGCCAGAGAUCGAAAAGCCUUUGAAAAGGAUCUUCUGAGCCGUGCCAGGGUUAAUCCCAAAGUCCUCUACAGUUACAUAAGACAGAGCACACGGAACAAAAAUCCCGUCCCACUGCUGCGAACAGCCGAGGGAAUGGAAAUCUCCGACGACAAGGAUAAGGCUGAACACCUCUCUCAAUUCUUCCGGUCCUUCGUGAAAAGUGAACCUGAUUUUUUCUCCCCCAUUUGUGAAGACGAAGAAACGCCUACCCUUGAAGCCGUAUUCUUUACCGAAGCAAUUGUUCGGAAUGAGUUACUUAAUCUGAAAGAAUCGACCUCCCCAGGCCCUGAUGCAAUCCCCGCCAAGCUGCUGAAGGAGCUAGCUCCCGAAAUAUCCAAGCCAUUAGCCUUGAUCUUCCAAACGUCAUUUCUUACUGGAUGCCUGCCCUCUGAUUGGAGAUCCGCUACCAUCACUCCGCUUUUUAAGAGAGGAAGUCAUGCGUCUGCGAAUAACUACAGGCCAGUGAGUCCUACCUCCAUCUGUUGCAAAAUCAUAGAGAAUAUCAUUAAGAAGGCCUUGAGGCAGUUCCUCGAGCAGCACCACCUCCUCUCGGAUGCACAACAUGGCUUUCGAAGUGGUAGGUCCUGCCUCACGAAUCUGCUCUUUACGCUCGACCGCUGGACUAAAGCACUCGAUGAAGGUAUUGUGGUGCACGCCAUCUACAUCGACUUCAAAAAGGCCUUCGACAGCGUUCCCCACCAACCUCUCUUGCACAAACUGCGCAACGCUGGAAUUCGUGGACGCCUUCUUGUAUGGGUCCAGAGCUUUUUUGGCUGGACGGUUCCAAAGAGUACAGGUCGGGCGUCAACAGUCCUCAGAGGUAAGCGUGGUGAGUGGCGUCCCACAGGGCUCUGUCUUAGGUCCCACGUUAUUCCUCGUUUUUAUAAAUGACUGCGUCAAGGACUUAGACUGUGAUACCAUCCUGUUUGCCGACGACAUUAAAUUGUGGAAAGUUAUUCACAAUGCGGCAGACGCAGACCACCUGCAAGCAAACCUGAACAGGCUCGAAGACUGGCGGAAGCGCUGGGUUAUGCCCUUCAAUAAAUGCAAGUGCAACUUUCUUCAACUAGGCAGCUUCAGAGCCUCCAGCCCCAGGACUAACUUUCUAGACGGCAAACCACUGCAACAGGUUGACUGUCAGAAGGACUUGGGUGUAUGGAUUACAUCUUCACUCAAACCACCACUGCACUGCGCGAAGGCGGCUAAAUCGGCUACGGCCACAUUGCAACUCAUUAGGCGAGCCUUUAUGGGAUUUGACCCUGACUGCUUUUCCAAAAUAUUUGGCACCUACGUGCGGACUCAUCUAGAAUACGCCAUACACGCGUGAAGAACUUUGACUGCCAAGGAUUAUACCGUCUUGGAGAAGGUCCAGAGACGGGCGACCAAAAUGACACAAGGUCUGGGAGUACAGUCCUAUUAAACCAGACUGUCAACUCUCAACCUGUUCCCCCUUUCCUACAGGCAAUUGCGUGGUGGCCUUAUACUAACAUUUCGCAUCAUCAACAGCCUAGACUGUUGUUUAGGUUCUACUGAUUGUUUCACUUAAGCUAACACGCCCACUUGCGCGGUCAUCCCCUGAAACUACGCGCAGAGAAAGCAAGAAUCAAUGGACGAAAGUUCUUUUUCAGUAACAGAAUGGUUGCAGUCAGUGACCCAUCUCAUGAAAUGUUAGCCGAAAUUCUGCAAUGAGUCUUCGACUAGGAGGAUUACUUAGGUAGGAUUUUAAUACUGAUUAUCCUGCAGGAUGUAUUAGAUAUGCAAGGGCGCUGGUUUUUGACUGCCCUUCGUUUCGUAAAAGACGUCUAUGCAAGGAGUGCGAGUUUUUCGCAGUGAUUUUCGUCGUCCUUUUAAAUGUAACUAUAUUUUAUGGAGAACACGCCCAAAAUUUUCAUUCCUGUACUCGAUGUAAGUAUAAAUCCAAGUGUAUUCUUACGGAACGAGUGAGUUCCGUAAGAAAGAUCGGUGAACGUCCCCUACCAUUGUAUAUUCCCGAUCGAACCCGACAGGGCAACGGGCUCGUAGCCCAGUGGUUAGGGGCGUGGACUUCUAACUAACAGGGCGCGAGUUCCAGCCUCGGCUGUGCCGCACUUUAGGCUGGGUAUGACUGGCUGACGAUGGCUAACAAGCCAGAAAUGGCCAUUCCAGUCUCCCUUGUCUUUGUUGGUAUUAACUUACUGCCUAUAUCAUGCGCCGCUGUGCGGCUGCUGGUUGGGCUCGAGAGAGCCCGUAAAGCACAGAGGCACUAAUGAGUUCCGUAAGAACAAUUGGCGAGCGCCCCCUACAAUAGUAAAAGAUGCCUAUGCAAGGAGUUUGAGUUUUUCGCAUUGAUUUUCGUUGUCCCUUUAAAUUCAAAUAUAUUUUCAUAGAAAACACACACAAAAUAUUCAUUCCCGUACUUGCUGGUCUUUUUAAACUUCAUAUUCAAAUAAAGAAUACUUUUUGGUCUCAAAAAGUUUCAAAAUAUGAGAUUUUUAAGACAAUGAAAUGUCCAUUCAUACAGCAGUGCGAAAUUUUAUGAGCUUUACAUGACGUCUUCUCAAAUGUGCGGCGGAUUUAACUCAAAAUUCCUUAAGAAUUGAAAAAACCUCUUACAAACUCAAAAAUGCUCGUUCUUCGAAUAUAAACUUUAAGAAAGCAAAAGUUGCUGCCAAAUGGGUACACGAAAGAAUCCUGAUGUGCGUGUUUUCUAUGAAAUGUAUUCGAAUUUGUAAGGAAUCGAAAACUAAUAUUAAAAGGUCACACCACUAAAGUAGUCACUUUUUUACCGAGUCGAAAAGAGGAACAUUUAAAAGCCAAAAUCUUGACGAUUUCGAAAUAUUACGGGAUUAUGCCGCAGGAUAAUCAAUAUCUCAAUCCCAUCGAAGAAAUCCAUCCUAAUCGGAACAGCAUCUCAAACAGAAUGCAUCUACGUACUCGUGUGGAGCUUGGUUUCGCGUUGAUGUAACAUAAAACCGCUUGAAAUUUUUGUUAUCUGAAGGUUAGAGGAGAGAACAAACAAGCUCUUUAAAUCAGUAUCAGUAUCAGUCCUGGACUGUCAAGUAUUUAGUAAAUUAAAGUAUGUUGUCGUUUGGGUAUUAUGUAGAAUUCUUUUUAACUGGGCUCAGAUUAAUCCACACGAAUAAAAAUCCCGAAAAUUUCGUAAAUACAAGUACUCACUGGUCUCCAUGUAGACAACGAUGUGCAGUAAAGUGGCAAUGGUAGGGAAAUUGUGUUCUUUGUUUCAAUUUCAGGUUAUCUGACAGAGUCCUCUGAUACGCUUGCGUCUGUUUAUUUCUAG